AUGAUGAACUCGAUUCAGACAAUUCGGUUAACCGCUUACAAAUCGGUAUUUUCGUCUCGCCGUUUGUGUUCACGUGGACAGUUUGGUCCGAUUGUGGCCAACUGUCUAUCCACAGCUUCCUCCGGCCCCGAACAGGUUGAGGCAUGUCUACACACAUCCGAGAUACUGCCGCAUAUGAGCAAUACGUGGACCACAACACAUCAACUGGCCACAUUCUUGUCCAAGCGGAUUGUGGCUUCGAACGAACAUUUUGUGGUGAUCGAUAAACCAGCGGGUCUUUCUGUUUGGGGUCAUUCGUUAACCAAACAAGAGGCCUUGUCUGUUUUGCACAAACAUAGUUCUGCUUUAUCAAUCAAAGAUUGCCUGCCAUCUCUGGCCAAGCUUCUGGAUCCACGUUGGACCGAUUACAAAAUCGAACCAGCGCAAACAGUAUUUAAUCACAAGUCCAAACGCACCAGAACCUGCACCGAGGUUGAGACGGAGCCCAGUGCUAUUCCCAGUCUAUUCAUUGUGGAAGCCCUGCCAGCUGACUAUUCCGGUCUUAUCUUACUCGCUCGCACAUCCGAGUACGCUACGGCAGCGGAGAAAUUCUAUCACGCUGCGCAUCGUCAAAAGGUGCGUUUGUUAGAUUCUCGCUACCAUACUUCCUGUUAA